AUGUUUCUUUUCCAGGUCCGUAAAGUUUACAUCUUCUUUGAGCAUGAUCAGGACUCCACUUUCGUUAAGGCUCUGAACUUGGUUGGUGACAGCAAACUUGUCUUCCAUUCCUUCGGCUUUGGUCGGCUUUGGACAUACAAAGAUGCAAUAGACUUUGCCUCGAGUCAUCUACUUCACAAAAACGUAAUGAUCCUUCAUGCAGACAUCUAUGUUCAUCAAGGAUUCGAGCAUCUGAAUGAGACAAUUUUAAGCAAUAAAACAAUGUAUUUUCUAACGAGGCAUGCGAUGCAAGGAAACCGUUCUCUCUGCCCUCACGAAGCAAGCGAAGGUACUUGUGAUCCGAAAUCACGUUACAUAGGUUCUCAUGACGCUCUUCUGUUUAGGCUACUUAAACCAGUCAGCAGUGAAGUACUAAACAAGAUUGACUAUAGAGGAAACCUUUAUGGGAUUGAGCAGGUUUUAAUAUUCUACCUAAGAACAUAUGAAGGGUUUAAAUUUAAGAAUCCUUGCAAAAUCCUUCAGGUUGUUCACCGUCAUUGUAUGAAAUCGGCUGAGAGGAAACACUCUGGUUUUUUCCAAGGGCAAAGGAUUGAUAAUUAUUUGAAGCUGUCCCGUAAGCAUAAACCCGGAAAACUUAUUUACGCACCAUUUUCUGAUUUGUAA